UUCCGAGCUGAAGCACCAGCUCCUCAGUGGCCCUUGCCCCUUCAACCGAUAUAUCCACCCACGGGCCCCCACCGAUCCAAGUCGAACUUCUCUACCUGUUCCAUCCCUCUCACCUCGAACGAAACUUUGCGAGGAACUCACAGCCAGCUGUACCUCACGAUGUCUUCGACAUACAGCCAGUCGGGUCGGAAUACGCCCGUCGAACAGCGGAUAUACACAUUGUCAAGUGUCAACUCGGAGGAGACGAUAAACACGACUGCCGUCAUUCCCACCCUCAACCCAGCCAUCCCCAGGAUCCGGAUCCUUUUGGCCCCUUAUAUGUCCCCAUAUGUGGUUCCAGCACACAAGGUCAAAACUUGGGAGAACCUCCACCGAACCCUAGCAGGGCUUUUUGGCACGGACGUAUUCAACGGCAGGCCGGUGAGGAUAACUGAUAUCCGGGGCAACACUAUUCUCCCAGGCGUUUGGAAAGAUCUCGUGGAGCCAAACAUGACGAUCAUCGUCGACACAUGCGCCUAUAUACCAGAGAGCUCCGAGGUUAUGUUUGGGUCCCCGGAGGCGGAGAAUACACCCGUGUCUUGGGACAGUCCUCACAUGGAGAGGCCUGUCUCUCAACGUCACGAGUAUGACGAUCAUCACGAUGACUCCGGUAACAUUGAAAGUGCUACUGCUUUUAUUCUCGAAGAACAUGACGAUGAGAAUGCUUCGUAUGAUGAGGCACAUAUUGUGUCGCCGCUUGGCCAGGUCGGGGAUCUUGCAUCGACGGCACCGGUGCCGAAGUCGUGGAAAACCCGACCGCCGCCGCCGCCACAACACCGACACGAGCAACAUGGAAGGUCCACGAGCAUUUUUGAUAAGCGCGCCACCUCCAUCAGCAUGUUCGUGGGAAGACGGGCGGUUGGCGACAAGAUUGAUCACAACAUUACAGUCAAACCCCUGGUUAUAGAGAAGAAAUCGAGCAAAGCAGAGCUACGUUCGACCAGGGCUGAAGAAGCAAGGCGGCAAGAGAAUAUCAACGUGGCUGCGAAUCGGCGGGAGAACGAGCUCCGGGGACAGUGUGUUGAUCGUCGCGCGGAGGUAUCCCAUGGGGAAAUGGGUCGGUAUCGCGAGGAGGACGAUAGAGUGGAGUAUAGGUACGGAAAGACGGAGAAGAAGGUAAAAAAGUCGGGAUGGUCGAGGGUGGCCAGGGCUCUGAUGUUUAUUCUUACUGCUGGUCACGCACAUCAUCACCAUCAAGACGUGAAUGCAAAACGGAACCACGAAGAGUUCAGAACGAAUGAGUACGGGCAACAUGGACGCUGGCACACGGUAUCGCCACGGGCAUCACAAGCGCCUCCUAUGCGACGUGCUGCAUCUGCACGACCCUUGCAGAAUCGCAAAGGUAUCACGCCGCCAGCACCCCUCACCUCGGGGCGUGUAGACGCCAAAUACCACCGUCGCUCAAGGUCUUUGGGGGCUUUUCCGGCUAUGAAUAGUCCUGUGCGACCGCCCGAUCGGACUCACUCUACGAGGCGGCAACCCAACAAGCUCCAGCGGUCGACAUCGGAAAGGAAGGUCCCGGGCUACCAGAAGCCGUUGUCUCGAAGCGCAUCCUUGAAUCAACACCACCAGUGCGUCAUUUCACCGCCAAUUCCUCGAAGACCCAGCGGCGACUUGGGAUUAAACGCACAAUACGUCUUGGCAGAUGAUCUCGAUAUCGAUGAGUUGAGAGAAAUGGUCCAGGACCAGCUGGACGGCAGUACUUUGGGGGGAAGGAGUCGAAGAGGGACUGGGAGCACCGGGAGAACCGCCGUUGAUUCGACUAUCGAGCCUCCGCAAAGAGUUAUCCCGAAGCUUAGUGCUUUCCCGCCCAGAAGUCCUCCCCGCUCGCCGGUGAAGAGACCAGAAAUGCAUCCUCUACCGGAAGCGGACCGCCGGCCGCCAACAGCCACACCCCUGAUCGCAAGAAAACCGGGAAUGUCACAUACAAUUCGACGAAUCGCAUCCGUCGAUGCACACUAAGUGAUGAGCCCUUGAGUUGAGGACCAAUCCACAUCCUCGAGCCGCAAAAAUCGCGAUUCCUUCGUUUCUCUCCCUCCUUAUUUUCGUUUCUGGCCGAUGUUUCGUGUCCUUCGAUUACGGCAAAGGCGCCGACCCCCUCUCUCGCUUGUUCGUCCUAUCUAGACGUUCAAGUUUAUUUACUUCCUA